AUGUCACUCAUCAAUCCAACUUCCCGUUCAAAGGCCUCUUUCAAGCCGUCGUCGCGGCGUGCAGACACCGCCAGAGUAUAUGCUCAUCCUCUCCCAAUCAUCUUUCCAGAGCCAACAUACACACUCCUUGGACUCUCCCUCACCCGUCCACUCAACCCUCACUGCACCGCCCUAUUUGACCCUCUCACCCGCUCAGCUUGGGUCUCAACCUCUGGCGACGCUACCCUAUUAUGGCAGCGCGGCUUCUUUGGAAAAGGAGACCUCUCCAGGAGUGAGCCUAGCUGGUUGGCGAGACAAAUCAAUGCCAGAAAAAUGAAGGGCAAGGGACUCACAUCCGAAGAGAUCACCGCAAAGCGCCGUGCAGAGCGCAAGCAGUUCAAGCUCGAUCGUGCAAAGGCGAUUGCCGCUGCUGCUGCAGAAGCAGAGACUGCUUUCAAGGAACAGGGUCGCAUUAUCGCGCCUGGUAUUGCGCCCGAUGGCACUCGCAUAAUUCCCUCUGCUGCGACUUGGAAACCAACCUUUGCGUCUGUACCCCCGGACCAGUCGCCUCCAAACGUCACACCAGACGACGAGGAAGAGAUCGAGCCCAUACAAGACCUCGAGCAUCUCCAACUCUCGCUUCAAGAGGCCUUUUUCCUCGUCUGGGCACUUGACUGCUUGACAAUCUUACACCCUGAAACCAAUGCGCCCUUUACCCUCGCUGAAUUAUGGAAUGCAUUCCAAAACGCCCACAUAUCGUCGUUGGGCCCACAACUAGAUGCACCAUCACCUCCACGUUUCGACAAUCCCUUUCUCGUGUCCUACAUCGCAUACCACCACUACCGCUCCCUUGGUUGGGUCGUCAAAAGCGGCAUCAAAUUCUGCGUCGACUAUCUGCUGUAUAAACGUGGCCCCGUAUUUCAGCAUGCAGAAUUCGCAAUCGUCGUCAUCCCCGUAUACGAAGACCCUCAAGAUCAAGCAACCUCGCCAUUCAAGCUGCAAAACGCAGAACCUUUCACGUGGUCAUGGCUGAGCACCAUAAACCGGGUUAAUUCUCAAGUUCAAAAAACGCUGAUCUUGUCGUAUAUCACCAUACCCGCAGAGUCAAGGGUAUCUCCCAACGUCCUCUCUUCACCUGCGUGUUUUGCGCAUUAUUCGGUGCGCGAAGUUGUGUUGAGGAGGUUCAUUCCGGCACGGAUGCGAGACUAGCUGUUCGAGGGGUAUUUUGGACGUGAACGUUCGGUGGGCGUUGAUCUUGCUCAGUGGCCCUCGCAUUACGGGUCGAUUCGGUGGUCGCAGUACCAGUGUCGGAACUGUCAAAGUGGCCCCUUUUGGCUGUCGCUAUUUUGGAUCGAUACCGCUGCCAACAGUCUGACCAUGGUUUUCCUCGCUGCCGGGGAGCUGACGGCAAGGAUGAAAAAGUUUUAGGGAGCUCCUUUACCCUUUGUUACUCGUUGUAAACACUAGUGCAAUACACUUUGUGCAUGACCCUGCAUAAUUCGACACAUCACCUCAAUUUAUCAGCCGUCACUCGUUAUUUUUCACGUUGUAAAGAAGCUACGAGCGCUGUUGAUAGCCUCGUCCGUUC